AUGCAGGCAUCAAUAUUGAACGGCUUUUCUCGAUCACCCUGGGAGGCUGCGCAAGAGGCCCUCGUUCAAUGCCCGACAAGCAACUGUACCUGGGACCAGUUCGCUACGCUUGGUGUUUGCUACAGGUGCGAGGACCUUAGCUCCAAACUGAAGCGUGUUGGUGGCUUUGGAGAGACACUUCUCACCAUACAUGACGUGAGCUACGGUACCAAGAGUGUCAAUGCGACCGCCUUUGCUUUACCCAAUGGCCACUUCAUCACCAAUGUUGACGGGUGUCCACUUCACGACUAUCUGUGGAACCGUUGUGUGAAUGAGCAGCCGCUGGGGAUCUACUCCGACAAAAGAUAUGCUCUGACCUCUUUCGGCACUGGCAACCCGAACAAGACAAACUCUAUGAAGGAUAUCGACACAUUGAUCUGGUCAAUGAGCUUUAUCUACCCAGACGUCAAAUAUCUCAACAACGCAUCACUCGACACGACGUCAGAUGGAGAUUUAUACAAGGGGCUCUACUGGCCAAAUAUUCCCAUGAAAGCCAAAGAGUGCUCCCUUUACUACUGUAUCAAGAUGGUAGACUCUGAGGUUCAGGGAAAUCAGCUCUUUGAGAACAUCACCGAGGCAGAUGGUUGGAUCCGGGACCCCGAGUCAUGGGAACGACGCAACAACGACGAACUGACAAAGAUAAACACGCCGCCAGAUGAUGAGAUCGACAGCUUGGAGUUUAACCUCUGGUACUCGGCUGCGUAUUACUCAGAUCUUAAGCUCAGAGGCCCGGGAAACUUGUCCACGGAACCGAUGAGCGUCUCGUCGGACACGGUGAUGGCGCUGAGUCAUCACAUGCAGGACCUCUUAUUAGGAAACUGGACAAACUCCACUGAUAUCAGGAAGAGCAUACAGGAGAAACUGGGUAAAGGCGCUGUUGGGUUUAAUGGAGUCUCGCAUGGUCCCAACGGCAAGGAACUCACCGUGGAAGCUGAGCCGCCGGGAAUCGGAGGCUUAUGGACCUGGACGAGUACGAACAUCACGAGGAGAUUCGACGCCCUUGCGACGAGUAUGACAAACGAGAUGCGAAGAAACCCCAAUCCUAGGCUCGACAAUGUCGAAGGGCAAGACCAGGAUCGGUACGAAGGAAAGCUGAGUUUCGAGGGUAAUGUCGGCACGGACAAGGUGCUAUACGACAUCCAAUGGCCUUGGAUAGCCCUUCACGGGGUGAUGCUCGUCUGUGUCUUGAUCCUGUUGAUCAUCACGGCUAGAAGCGCUGGAGACCCGGACUUAACGCCGUUGGCGCGUAGUAGUACACUCGCGACUAUUCGCCAGGGACACCGAAUCGGAGGUAUUCUGGAAGAUGCAGAUACAAUGGAGCGCAUGGAGAAGGCGGCGCGGAGAUCCUAUGUCAAGAUCAGUAACGGGAAGGAAGAUGAGGGCAUGACACGUAGGAUGAUGCGCGGAGAGGCGACGCGGGCUGCUUCGGACCAGGGGGAGAGUCAGUAUUUGACGAGCAUAGAGAUGGAAAACAGGUCUCAGAAGUGA